CCACCACCACCACACCCACCCUCAUUUCCAUGUUCAAAAGGCACACGAUUACGACGAUGCAAUCAGAGCGACUUGCAUCAUUUGAAUUAUGCAUACUGGGCUGCAUGUCCACCGGCGUCACUACUUUUUUCUCCAUAUCUGCGGUCUUCGGCAUGCAACGGCGCAACUGGCUCACGACCCGGCGAGGUUGUUUUGUUUUCGGAGUUCCCCAUUUUCAACGACUAG